AAAAGGGGUUCAGAUUUUUUCAGAGGAAAGCUUGGAAGGUUGAUACUUUUAAACUUUAAAUUUGGAAGGUUGAUUUUCUUGGAUUUUGCCACCGUUUCUCUGCAACCAAACACCAUACUUCACUAUUCGUUGCCACUAGCGUUUCACUGGGUCCAUCCCUGAACGUUUAAGGCCCAUACUCUCCAUGGGUAGAGAUAAGAUUAGUGAAUUGCCGGAUGAAGUUCUUUGUCACAUACUUUCCUUCGUUCCAGCAAAAUAUGUUGUGAGGACCAGUGUUCUCUCUACUAGAUGGAAGAGCAUAUGGGCUUCUGUCCCCAUUCUUGACUUCGAAUUCGAAAACAUACCUAUUGUAUGGAGAGAUGAAAAUCAGCCUGACCCCGAUGGUUUCAGAUGGGAAGCCGAAGAUCUGUCUGACCAUGUUGGAUUUUUGACGUUUGUUGAUCGUGUUCUCUAUUUUCGUGGCUUAUCAGAUAUUAAAAAAUUACGUCUUCAUUGUUACUGUCGUGUUGAGGAUGCCUCUCGUAUUGAUGGCUGGAUUCGCUCUGCCUUUAGCCAUAAUGUUGUUGAACUUGAUCUCUGUGUUCAAGCACAUUAUGAUGAGUAUAUUGAGGAACCGCCUUUGGAGUUGCCUCGAUGCGUGUUCACUUGCAAAACGCUAGUGGUUUUGAAGUUGAUGUCAAAUUUUAUUACCUAUGCUCCUCCUACAUCAGGCUGUUGUUUCCCAAGUCUGAAGUCCCUUGAUGUCAGAGUUGAUUUUCCUGAAAAUGACUCAAUGGAAAAGCUUUUUUCAUGCUGCCCUGUACUUGAAGAUUUAUCUAUAAAGGCAACUGUUCCAGAUCAUAACCGUCAGAAUUUUAAGGUCUCAGCGCCUGAACUCAAGAGAUUAAGAAUGACUUUCUUCAGUUUUAUCAAUGGUGCUGAAGAUUUUGAGUACGAUAUAUCUGUGAAUGCUCCAAAGCUUGAAUACUUUAACAUUAAGCAGGACUAUUUGUCACAUUAUACAUUUGAGAAUCUAAAAUCCCUGGCCAAAGGCAGUGUCGAUCUCUAUUGCCAUAUUGGGAAAACCCAGGUUGGCUUCUCUGAACGAGCAACUGCUCUUCUGGAGGCAUUUUCCAACGUUAAAUAUCUGUUCAUUUCAGCUCAUUAUGUGGAGGAUGGUUGUCUGCCUGCUUUCAAUCAUUUGACCGAAUUGAAGUUGGUUCUUUCUGAUUGCUAUCACUGGGAUUUGCUAACAGAGUUGCUCAAGAAAUCACCUAAUUUGCAAUCUCUUGUUGUCGAACAUAAAGAAGACAAGGAAUGCAUUGAGGAGUGUGGAGAUGUCUUAAAUUCGGCAGAUAGAUGGCGAACACCAGAGUCUGUGCCCAUUUGUCUGAUAUCGCACCUGAAGACCAUCACUAUAAGGGGAUUAAAGAUAUACCCGCAUGAGCAGAAAGUGCUAAAAUAUUUGAUGAAGAACGGUAAAGUUUUGGACAAGAUGACUAUCUAUGCUAAGAAUGGGGCUUACAAAGAUUUCAUACCUAGAAGGGCUUCUAGGACUUGACCAGUUGAAGGUUAGCUUGUACAUCGUUAUAAUUUUGGAUUGCUGAUUUAGAUGGAUUCUGCUAUCAAAGCUGGAAAUGAGACAAGCACCUUUGUUAAUCUGAAGAUGUAAAGAUUUGCAGAUGUUUGUUUUGUAUUGUAUACAUUUCUUAUCAACAAGUUUCGGACAGCCGCUAUACCAUUCGUAUUUUGUUUAUA